UAUUCAGAUGCCUGUAGUAGGUGCCCAGAGCCGCAAUUACAUUAGCGGCGCGUAGUACGCUGUAUCAUGUGAAGUCGUUGCUGUCCUGUAGUCGAAUGUUAUUCCUGGUCGGUCUUACGACUCGAUGCUCCCUUUUGAUCCUUUACCAGUUGACACUCAUCGAUAAUUUCAUGAUAACAACAUGCUGGUCGAAAAGCUGACUCCGGAGCUCCUGGUCUCGACCCCACGGCGAAGCCCUGCUGUUCCGUGCCAUGAUGGCUCUUUGGCUCAUUACACACAAACGACCCACGAGGUUGGCGGAGUGACACGCAAGGAGAUCAGAAUCAUCAACAUCGAAACAAGCAACUCGUGGGUCGCGGUCGACGAUGAAAAGGCCCACGAUGCAACCUGGUUCGAUCAAGACGGCCGACACUGCAUUGUGUACCUCAAAGGCGGAGAGCUCGGGAUGACCUGGAUCAUGUUCAAGGAUGUGGACAGGUUAUCUGACCCAGCUGUCGUCCUUGGGCCCAUCCCCGGCUUUACCAGAGACUUGAAACUCAAAAGGCUUCGAGAUGGCAGCGUUGGCAUCGCAGUUGUCGGAUUGACCAAUUCAGAUGGAAGCCUGCAUAAUCCGGAGCUUGAGAAAAAGCGGUUGCACACAGCACGGGCGUUUGAGUCUUGCCGGACGAGACAAUGGAACUCGUGCACGACCUCGCGACGCCUCGCAGUCUGGUAUUCGAGCAUCGAACGUGAUGGUGCCUUUUGGAGACUGGCACAGCCUUUCAAGAAUGCGAUGCGAAACACAGAUCUUGACCUGGCUGUGCCAAACGAUAACCCGGAACCAAGUGGCUUCGACAGCUACGACAUCUCCGAACGAGGUAUUGUUUUUGUAGCAAGCAAUCCCAGCAGUCAAGACCCCGUCAGGCAUGGGCUUCAGGCGACUGUUUACUACACCCCGCUGUACUCAUACACGAGCCAGCAUGGGCUUGAUAUUCUCGAGCUCAGAGUGCGUAGUGUGUCUCCAGGGACUUGCUCGCAGCCUAAAUUCAACAAGGAUGGAACCAUGAUCGGCUUCAUACACGCCCCAGUGCAGUGUCCAGAAGACCGACAAAUAUACAUCAAGCACGUCCACGAGCCGUCACUCAAUGCUAUCAGCGUCUCCGACAUGGUGACGGGCCACGGGGACCAAUGGCAGUCGAGCCUCGUCGACUUUUGCUUCUCGCCAAACGGCCAUUCCAUGUACCUCACAGCACGAGAGUGCGGGCGUGUUGCCCUCUUCAAGCUCGAGCUGCAGCCACAUGCACGCCCACGGUCUCUUCUCACUUCAUCGCAUGGCUCGUGCCAUGGAGUGUACCCUCUCCAUGCUGACGACAACGAGCGGGUCCUCGUAACCACUUCGAGCUUCGUGGAGAACUCGCUGUACCAGGUUGUGUUGGUUGACGGACCCGACGUCGAGCCGAUGCCUGUCUCCUCGCUGUCUAGACACGGGGCAGGUCUGGGACUUUCUCGCAGCCAGGUCUCCGAGAUAUACUUUGAAGGAGGCGAAGGCUCCCGCGGGGGCGACUACUUUUGUCAGGCACAUGUCGUGAGGCCGCGAGACUUUGACCCUAAGAGACACAAGUACCCGGUGGCGAUACUUGUGCACGAUGGUCCUACUGCAGCUUGGGACAAUUGUUGGGAUACACAGUGGAACGCGGCCGUCUGGGCUGAGCAAGGCUAUCUCGUGGUCCUGCCUAAUGUUAGCGGUAGCACGGGCUUUGGCCUGGAGUUUUCGUCUGCCGUUCGAGAUAGCUGGGGCGGUCGCCCGUUCGACGAUCUCGUCAACCUCUUCCAACACUUGAAGCAGUUACCUGGAACAGAUAUGAACAACGCCGUCAUCGCCGGCACGGGGUACGGUGGCUACAUGAUGAACUGGAUCCAGGGACAAGACUUUGGGCGAAAGUUCAAGGCGAUCGUCUCACAUGCCGGCGUGUUCGAUGUCCCAUCCUACGCCUUGACCAGCAGCAACCAAAGCCAUGGGCCAUUCAGCAUGCAAUUCGGCAGUUUCUCCAUGCCAAUCUCUGUCGAGAGCCCACUGCUUCCCGGAUCCUUCCCGGCUCCGUCCCCGCGUCCGCAAAGUCAACUCAGUAGCCAGCUACAGUACAACCCCGAGGGUCUCGAACGAUACAAUCCUGCCCGGCCAGACCUGAUCUUCCCCUACAUGCCGUCCGGCGAGAACGAAACCUGGACCACACCGAUGCUGCUCCUCCACGGUGAGCGGGACCACCAAGUCCCCGUGACAGAGAGCCUGGCCGCCUUCCGGGUCUGCCAGAGUCGGCGGCCCGCCAGUGCCAGCGCCCCUCAGCUAAAUGGCCGCGGCAACGACAGUGGCCUCCAGCGUCACAACACAACGGCCAGCUCUGGUGGUGGUGGCAGUGCCUACAGCAGCGGCCUCAGCCACUCUCGGCACCUGAGCAUGAUUACCCUCCCGCAGCAACACGGGAGGGAACCAGGCUCACUACCAUCAUCAGCAAGAGGCACCUCCUUUGACCUCCCACCGCACCAGCACCACCAACACUCCCAACGACAUCCACAUCUACAUCCACGCCGCCCCCCUCCAAAACCACGCUCCCGUCUCGUCCUGUUCCCAGCAGAGGGUCACACUAUAGAGUCGCCCGAGAAUCUGCUCGAGUGGUACCGCCAGGUCUUUGCCUGGACGAACCGCUGGACGGGGAUCACCGCGCGCCAGGCUUUCCGCGAUUUUGCUGGCCCGGCUACCACUACAACCACGGCCACGGUCACUACCUCUGCCCCUGUCACCACUGGAGUCGCUGGUGGUGGUGAUGGCGGGGGCGGUGAUGGUGGUGAUGCUGCUAUUGGUAUCACCACACGACCGCACGGGACAGAUCCAGCAGCCGCAGCAGCGCCUAGCCAUGUCCACAGCUACCAGCCCGACAACACCACUCGUACCGAAGCCGACAACGACCUGAUCGACAUGAGCGGCCUGGGGAUCAACUACCCCAACAUCGCGGCUUACACUAGCAGCAGCAGCUAUAACAACAUCAACGACGGAACCGGGGAUCUCUUGUGGACAGCUCAGCCUGCUCCUCGUCGACCUGGAAGCCGCGGCGGCGGUCCUCGUGGUGAGGAGAACGACGCGGCGGGUGCAAGUGCGAGUGUUGCUGGUCGUGUGUCCGCGGCGGCGGCAAGGCCCUUGUCCAUGCUGGCCUCGCUGCCUUCGUCAUCUUCUCCUUUGUCAUUUGCAUUUCGGUAGACGUAAGAGAUCGUCGUCCUGCUCGGGAUGAGGCAACACAUGAGAUUGAGUGCUGCGUGUAAGCCUGCCUUGCCCUUUUACCACCUCCCCUGGAUAAGUGCACAUUUGGAA